AUGGAUUUGAGUCGUCCUUCUCAAGCUAAUUUUUCUUUAGGGUUUUUUUGUUCCCACGCAUCAUCAAUGACACCGACUCCGAGAAUCCCAAUUGCAGACGAUUCGAUCAACCUACAAGUCGAUCCGAGUUUCCGAUCAUCUCCGAAUCCUUUAAAUCCCGUUCCGUUACAACUUCUCGAACAAAAAGUCGAGAAAAUCACCGUUGUCGAAGAGCCGAAGAAGAAAGACGGCGACGAGAAAGAAGACGAACAUUUCAGGAUCUUAGGACACCAUAUGUGUCUGAAACGACAACGAGAUUGUCCACUUCUGUCGUCUCAAUCAAAACAUCCGAGGAAGACGAUUGGUGGUGGUGGUGACACGGAUCUUGAAUCGAGACGUGCUGCUGUACGUGCUUGGGGUGAUCAACCUCUUCAUUUAGCUGAUCCUGAUAUUCAUGAGUUAAUGGAGAAAGAGAAACAAAGACAAGUGAAAGGGAUCGAACUUAUCGCGUCUGAGAAUUUCGUGUGUCGUGCUGUAAUGGAAGCUUUAGGAAGUCACUUGACGAACAAAUACUCUGAAGGCAUGCCUGGAGCUAGAUACUAUACUGGGAAUCAAUAUAUAGACCAGAUUGAGAAUCUCUGUAUCGAACGAGCUCUUACUGCGUUUGGUCUUGAAUCAGACAAAUGGGGUGUCAAUGUUCAGCCGUAUUCUUGUACUUCUGCUAAUUUUGCGGUAUACACCGGACUUUUGUUGCCCGGUGAACGGAUUAUGGGGUUGGAUUCUCCCUCCGGUGGGCAUAUGAGUCAUGGGUAUUGUACUCCAGGUGGGAAGAAGAUUUCUGCUGCAUCGAUCUUCUUUGAGAGUUUUCCUUAUAAAGUGAAUCCUCAAAGUGGUUAUAUCGAUUACGAUAAGCUUGAGGAUAAGGCGCUUGAUUACCGUCCCAAGAUUCUUAUAUGUGGAGGGAGUUCAUAUCCAAGGGAUUGGGAUUUUGCAAGGGUUAGACUAAUCGCAGAUAAGUGUGGAGCUGUCUUGAUGUGUGAUAUGGCUCAUAUUAGCGGUCUUGUCGCCACUAAGGAAUGUUCAAAUCCAUUUGAUCAUUGUGACAUAGUUACCUCCACUACCCACAAAGGUCUGCGUGGUCCGAGAGGAGGUAUCAUCUUCUACAGAAGAGGUCCAAAGAUAAGAAAGCAGGGUCAUCACUCUAAUCAUUGUGACAGUUCUACACCGCAAUAUGAUUUAGAGGAAAAGAUCAACUUUGCUGUGUUCCCAUCACUACAAGGAGGUCCACACAACAACCAUAUCGCAGCUCUUGCCAUUGCCUUGAAACAAGUGGCUACUCCAGAGUACAAAGCUUACAUACAACAGAUGAAGAAAAACGCCCAAGCUUUAGCAUCAGCUCUGCUUCGAAGAAAAUGCAGACUGGUUACAGGUGGCACAGACAACCAUUUGCUGCUGUGGGAUCUCACUCCUUUGGGCUUAACAGGGAAAGUCUAUGAGAAAGUGUGUGAGAUUUGCCAUAUCACCUUAAACAAGACUGCUAUAUUUGGGGAUAACGGUACUAUAUCUCCUGGAGGUGUAAGGAUAGGGACACCUGCGAUGACAACCCGAGGCUGUAUAGAGUCUGAUUUCGAGACAAUAGCAGAUUUUCUGAUAAGGGCGGCUCAGAUAGCGAGUGCGUUGCAGAGAGAACAUGUGAAGAGUCUAUGCACUAACAAAGACAUAGCUGAGCUUAGAAACCGAGUCGAAGCCUUUGCUCUGCAGUAUGAGAUGCCUGCUUCUCUGGUCCAUGCGUGA